AUGGUGAUUCUCAGCCGAAAAGAACGCCAAGAGGUGCGCAACCACCACUGUGAAGUGGAGGGAGAGUCUAUUCUACAGCCAGUCCGGCAACUCUUCCUGGACACAAUCAGCAAAUUGGUUCCAAGCAGCUCUGGAUGCAGUCUUCCUCUCAUAAGUCUGUUGGUCAACAUUGCAACAUGUGGGAUCAUCUGGUACGACGCGAGUCACGCAGAGCUUCCAUCGUGGAUUCUAUGGGUUCCUGUCCUUGGUUUACUUGUUUCCAAUGUACUGGGCGGCCUCGGUGGAAGACGGGAUUCGAAAGGGGAGACACCAACAGGAGGAACCACGCCACUUGGGCAAUAUUUCUCACAUGCUUGUGAUGCCCUGUCGACAGCCUUUCUGUCUACUGGCUUGUGCAUUACAAUCGGAAUAGCGACCAACCCGUUGUUAGGCAUUGCCCUUGGACUUGCCGCUUCUUCAGCAGCCUACUUGUCUCACUGGAAUGCUUUCACGUCUGGGGCAUUGAGGUUCGAAAAAUUUGAUGACUUGGAAAGGUCAGCCGCUGUCAUCCUGGCCUGUGUCUUGGCCGCCGCAUCAGGAAAACGCAUCUUUGAAGAGAAGGUAAGAUCAAAUAUAGGUGCGUCAUUUCUAAAUUGGUGA